CCUUCCCAGACUGAGCAAGGGAGAGCAUUGAAUCCCCAGUGGUGUCAGUGGUUUGACCGGGGUUAGGAUGCCCAUUCUGGAACCGCCCAACAGAAGGAAGCAGACAGAAGCAGGGAUCGGCACGGCAGUGUUGACGCUCCCCGGGGCCCAAUCCCCAUUCUCCAGCGCAUCGGGGCAGGGCACAGGGGCCACCACUGAAUAAUAAUGCCACCCCCUCGGGAAAUGUCACCACCUUGCAAGGAGACAGGCCAGCGUGGUGUCUUGGUGGUCAGUGGCCGCCCACAGUGACCCACGCAGAGACGUUUGAACGGGUUUACGCGGGCCGGAGGGACUGCGCAGCCCCGGGCCCCACAGCAGUUGUACUGGUGCACAGACUUCCGGAAGAUGGGGAGCAUCCUGCGCACUGCUCUUCUGACGUUGGUCUCAGUGCCUUGCGCCCAGGCUGUGUGGCUGGGAAGGCUGGACCCGAGGCAGCUUCUGGGGUCCUGGUAUGUUCUCACUGUGGCCUCCGGUGAGAAGGGCUUUGUGGUGGAGAAGGCCACGAAGAACAUCGAGGGUGUCGUGGUGACCCUUACUGCAGAAAACAAUCUGAAAAUGCUGUCCUCCAGGCACAGGUGAGCGAGCUGUGCGCUGUGGGCCUGUGUCCCCGGAGAGCAGGUCUGGCGGGCCUCUGGGUGGGAUCACGGUGGAUGCGGGAGGCCUCUCGGGGCAAGGCCCCCCCUCAGCUGCCGCCUAAACUGGGCUCGCAUGUGGUGUCUCGGAGCCUCUGGUAACCUU